AUGGCCUCCAUGGUUGCCAAUGGAAACCGAGACGGGCAGUCUCUGGUGUUGAAGGGGGUGGAUCCAGAGACCUGCAUGAUUGUUUUCAAGAACCACUGGGCUCAGGUGGUGAAGAUCCUGGAGAAGCACGACCCCCUGCGGAACACCUCCACCCUGUCCUCGCUGAGCGUCAUCAACCUCAGCAGCGGCCCUCGCUUCGGCCCCGUCCCCGGGGACGAGGCCAACGCGGUGCAGAACUAUGUGGAGCACAUGCUGUUCCUGCUGAUGGAGGAGGAGAGCGGCCAGGCCGGCGCCAUGGGCCCCAUCCUGGAGUUCGUAGUGAUGGAGAACGUGAUGGAGCGCCUCUUCGUGUGGAGCCUGCGCCGGGAGUUCACCGACGACAUGAAGCUGGAGCAGCUGAAGAUGUACGAGAUGCUGGUGGGGCAGGCGCACCAGCCGCUGCUGCACCACAAGCCCAUCCUGCGGCCGCUCAUGAUGCUGCUGUCCUCCUGCUCGGGCACGGCGGCGCCGGCGGUCGAGGCCGAGCUGGUGCUGCUGCUCAACCAGCUGUGCUGCGUCCUGGCCAAGGACCCUUCGGUUCUGGAGAUGUUUUUCCACACCAGCGAGGACCAGGGCGCCACCAACUUCCUCAUCUUCUCCCUCCUCAUCCCCUUCAUCCACAGGGAGGGCACGGUGGGCCAGCAGGCCCGAGACGCUCUGCUGCUCAUCAUGUCGCUGUCGGCUGAGAACGAGCGCGUGGCCCAACACAUCGCAGAGAACACCUUCUUCUGUCCGGUUCUGGCCACAGGGCUGAGCGGCCUCUACUCCUCCCUCCCCACCAAGCUGGAGGUUCCCGGUGAAGAGUGGCACGGCCUGCACCGGGAGGACUGGCUCCACAUGCCGGCGCUCGUCCAGUUCCUCAACUCGCUGGAGUUCUGCAACGCCGUCAUUCAGGUGGCCCACCCGCUCAUCAGAGACCAGCUGGUCAGCUACAUCUACAACGGGUUCCUGGUGCCCGUCCUGGCUCCGGCUCUUCACAAGCUGACCCUGGAGGAGGUGAUGACCACCACGGCGUACCUGGACCUCUUCCUGAGGAGCGUCUCCGAGCCGGCGCUGCUGCAGACCUUCCUCUCCUUCAUCCUCCUCCACCGGCACGAGAGCGUCCACAUCCUGGACACGCUGGUCAGCCGCAUCAACACGCCCUUCCAGUUGGGCACCGUGUCACUGGCUCUCUUCCGGACUCUGAUUGGUUUAUACUGUGAAGACGUGAUGCUGCAGCUCGUCCUGAGGUACCUGAUCCCCUGUAAUCACAUGAUGUUGAGUCAGAGACGCGUGGUGAAGGAGAGGGACUGCUACUCCGUGUCUGCGGCCAAGUUCCUGGCGCUGACUCCGACCUGCUGCACCCCCGACCACAGCCCCCCGCCCCUCCGACAGCUGGAAUCCAUCCUCUUCUCCAAGGGGUCAGAGGUCACUUCUCACAGCGACUCCUCAGAGAAAAGGAGCUUCUCCGAAAAGCACGACGAGAACUCCUGCACCAUCGGGUCCGAGAUCUACCUGGACGUCAGCUACCUGCAUUACCUCGACGACGCCAACCUCAGCAUCAGCAGCUGCAUACGGGCCUGCCAGGUGUGGUCGGCGCAGUAUGACGGCGAGGACCCCCCUCCGGAGAAGUACCAGCCCGGCGUCCUGGAGGAGCCCUGGCUCAAGAGCCGACAGAACCAGAUGGCUCUCAAGAGAGUUCGCCCUCGAGUCUGUCCGCCGCCGCCGCCGAGCGCCGAGCCGCCCUCCGUCAACCAGCAGGAGCUGGAGUGGGACGAUAGUUACGACGUGUGUCAGAUGAAGACGGCAGAAGCUCCGGUGGAGAGUAAACCUCCCCAGCUGCCGGCCUCUGAGCCCCCGAAGCACAUCCAGGAGAUGAGGAGGACGGCCAUCAUGCUGGUUAACGGCUCCUACAUCGAGGAAAACGAGUUCCAGGACGAUGUCAUGGUGUACGAUCUCGUCGCCAAGAAAGACGCCAGAGAGGUCGAGCGUGGGAAGCGCAAGUCCAAGGGGUCGGAGUCAGAGGACGUCCAACCGGGCGCGGCAGAAGUUUCCUUAAAAAAUGGAUUGAGUUUGACUCUUCCAGCCGCUGUGAUGGCCGAUAGCAGCAAGAGCAGCUUGGACACGAAGGCCAAAGUACAAACGGAUUGUAAUUCAAACGUCCAAAACACAACGGCUGUGGAGUUGGGCGACGACCUUCUGGCUCAGUACGAGGAGCUCAUCCGUACGUUGGACACGCAGGCGGGCGGGAAACCGGUCCCAGCUGACGGAGAGUCGAAGAAGCCAGUCUCACCUCUGGAGGAAGAGGAGGAGAUGGACUUCACCUCCUUCUCCGCCGAAACACCAGAACCCGAGAAAGUACAAUUACCGUUUGGGACCAAGUCUCGAAGCGGAAGUUCAAGUAGAAGCCACUCAGUGCCUUUCACAGGUCCGUUUGUCAGCGUGCUGCUGUCCCGCCUGGAGAACAUGCUCUCCAACUCGCUGUACGUCAACCUGCUGCUGACGGGCAUCCUGGCUCAGCUGGCCUCCUACCCUCAGCCCCUGCUGCGCUCCUUCCUCCUCAACACCAACCUGGUGUUUCAGCCCACUGUUCGCUCCCUGUACCAGGUACUCGCCACAGUGAAGAACCAGAUAGAAGAGCUGGCUGCCACCAGAACCGACUUCCCAGAGCUGAUCACUGCUGCUCAGCACUGGAUGCUGGCCAGGGAGACGUUAAUGGCAGCAGCAGAUAAAAGCCGAAGCGGCGGCGGCUCCACCCACGGCGAGGCGGGGGGGAUCCUUCAGAACUCGCCGCCACCCAAACACAAAGCCAUCUCUCUGGACCGGACAGAAGUCUUCGCCACCGUCCUCUACACGGAGUUCCUCAAAGAACUGGCUGCGGUCGCACAAGAGCACUCCAUCCUAUCGUACAUUCCUAUGGAAGAGUGAAAGGUCCCAGAAGGCCUCAGUGACGAGUCAGAGGAGUCAAAGAGUCAAAGACUGUUCUAUGGUGGUUUUUUAUAUCUUUUUCCAGUCACUACUGGAUGAAGAAACCUCGUAGAUACAAUGACUUAUACAACUUCUCCGAGAAGUUUAUUUAUUUUCCGAGCAGAGACAAUCACUUUCUUGUGCUUUUUUAAAAAAAAACAAGCAUAUUUUCUAGUUCUGUGAAGUGUGAGGUCCGACACUUUGAUGGAACAUCUCCACCUGCAUCGUAAUAAUAAGGCUGGUGGAGGCGAGGUCCAGGUCGACCAACCAAAUACUGUAGAGAGAGAUUUUUAACGAUUAUCUGAACUGCCCACGUACUGAAUGUCUACUGCUCCGAUCCCAGUGGGAUGUCCGUGUGGCCUUUCAGGAUCAUCUCUGCCUCUGUGCCGUAGGAUUACGCAGCUCGGAACGGUAUUUUCAUUUUCACCGUGGCAGCUGUAGACUGUCAGCAUCACAGAAACACAUCCUGACUCUGUUCAUCACUUUUAAACCGUUUUCAGACAUGAAAUCCAGAAAGAAGUCCAGAGAAUUGCUCCCGGACGUCUCCUGGAGUUUUGCCGUGGUUUUUCCACCGUCGCCGUGCGUUAACUUUUUUGGU